AUGGGCGCCUACGCGGUCAUACGAUCUCGAUCGACGCUUCAUGGCACCCACUUGAAUGUCAAGGGCAGCGACUCUGGUGCUGCACGGGUUCUCGGUUCCGGGACUUCAGGUAUCGCGGAGCUCUUGGUCUUCCACCCGGUGGAUACCAUUGCGAAGCGGCUCAUGAGCAACAAGUCCAAGGUGUCCAUGUCGACGCUCUCUCCGAUCGUCUUCAGGGAAUAUGCCACGGCACCGCUCGGGAAAAGCUGCUCUCGCUCUUCCCGGUCUGGCUAUGCUGCAGGAUACAAGGUCACCCAGCGGAUAUACAAGUACGGUGGGCAACCAUGGUUCAGCGACAUCCUUGCGCGGAACUACCGCUCGCAGUUUACGAGCGCCUUCGGUGAGCGGAAGGGCAAGAUGAUGAUGCAGGCAACUGCCGGCAGGUGUCGUCCUUCUCCGUUGGAUGCUCUCAAGAUCAAGCGGCAGGUGAAUCCCGAGGCGUUCCGCGGACGGGGCGUCGUUCGUAUCUUCUUGGAGGAAGGCACGACGCUGUACCGCGGUUGGGGCUGGACCGUGGCGCGGAACGCACCCGGCUCUUCGCCGUACCUCUUCGGUGCAUCGGCGAUGACGAAGGACUACCUCUUCGGGAUCGAGGACUACCACAAAGCUACGUGGGGUCAGAACUUCGUCGCCUCUGUUGCGGGCGCCGUCGCGUCGAUUACGGUCGCGGCACCACUCGACACAAUCAAGACGCGCAUCCAGAACGCGAACUUCGAGAGCAAGGUUAGCGGCAUGUCCAUCGUGAAGGACCUCAUCAAGACCGAGGGUGCGACGGCACUGUUCAAGGGACUCACACCCAAGAUCCUUGUCGUGGGCCCAAAACUGGUGUUCAGCUACACCCUCGCGCAGUCGCUCAUCCCCUGGUUCUCGAAAUACGUCUAA